AUGAAAUUAAUAUACGAUCAAUAUUUAAAAUUUGGAGAACAUUCCAGAGCUCUUAUAGUGGGUUUGCAAUUGAACAACUCAGAAAUGGUCCUGAAUGUUUUUUCAAGCUGCAAAGACAAGCUAAUUCUGUAUCAGCUAGCAUUCAUAUGCGCCAGACACUUGUUUCCAGUUGAACUAGACUCAGAUGUUGCAGACUUCGAAGGACUUAAUGUUAUUCUUAGCAACAGUUUACUAAACACCUACUUUAUAGCUCUGGCAAGAGAGUUGGACGUCAUGGAACCCAAACUUCCCGAAGACGUUUUCAAAACCUGGCUAGAACCAGUUCCUGGCAGGCUACAAAUCCUAGGCGGUAAUUUUGAUAGUGCCAGGCAAAAUUUGGCAUCUUCAUUCGUCAAUGGGUUUGUGAAUGUCGGAUUCGGCUGCGACAAGCUUUUAUCUUGUGAAAAGGGCCUCGAGUGGAUAUACAAAAACAAGGAUCGUGGAAUGUUGAGCGCGGUUGCCUCUUUAGGCCUGAUUUACUUGUGGGACGUUGAUGGAGGUUUGACUCCGAUCGACAAAUAUUUGUAUACCAGUGAUGAUUAUAUUACGUCUGGAGCGCUUUUGGCUUUGGGAAUUGUUAAUUGUAGGGUGCGCAACGAAUGCGAUCCUGCUUUAGCCCUUUUGGGGGAUUAUACUAAAAAUGAUAAUGAAGUUUUGCAAGUUGGCUCUAUUUUAGGCUUAGGAUUAGCUUAUGCAGGAAGCCAAAGAAGUGACAUAUUGAGCUUAUUAUUGCCGCUCCUAAAUACUGCAACAUCUGUGGAAAUAUUAGGCAUAGCCAGUGUAGCUUGUGGCUUGGUUUCCUUGGGAAAACCCGAAACUGAAGUGCCUGCCUCAAUUUUAAAUGUAAUGAUUGAGUUGAACUCUGAAAAACCGGAUCGUUUUAAAUCGUUUCACAUGACUCUAACAGCUUUGGGAGUGGCUCUUUGUUAUUACGGAGCCAGAGAAAAUAUUGAGGUGCCAACUAAUGCUAUGGAAGUUUUUGCUGAACCUUUCAAAACGGUCGCACAAAUGUUGUUAUUGAUGUGCUCUUAUGCUGGCACAGGAGACGUGUUGAUAGUGCAAGAAUUACUAGCGAUUGUGGGAGAUAAAUUUGAAAAUCCUGCAAAUAAAGAUGCUAAGCCUAAGGAAUCUGGACCAAAACCCACCAAGGCUAAAAAAGAAAGAAGAAAAGAGCGAGAUUGGGAUUGGACCAUGGGACAAGCAGUAGCUACUUUAGCUGUGGCUGUAGUGUCUAUUGGUGAGGAAAUCGGCAUGGAAAUGAUUCAAAGAGUUUUUGGGAAUAUUGGACGUUACGGAGACCCCUCUGUGAAGAGAACUGUACCUUUGGCUAUAGCUCUAUUGUCCGUGUCUAAUCCACAAUUGUUGAUAAUGGAUGUUUUGACUAAAUAUUCUCACGAUUCUGACGUUGAAGUUGCGUGCAAUGCUAUUUUUGGUUUAGGCCUUCUAGUUACUACAGUAUCUCUUCUAGAACCUCACUCUUUAAUCCUCCACAAAUCCCAUUAUUUGCUGUACAGUUUAGCAAUGGCAAUUCAACCAAGAUGGGUACUAACACUUGACGGAAACUUGGAAAUUGUUCCGACAACAGUUCGAGUAGGCCAAGCUGUGGAUAUCGUAGGAAAAGCUGGCACUCCGAAAACUAUUUCAGGAAUCCACACCCAUACGACUCCAGUUUUGUUGGCCGUAGCUGAAAGAGCCGAGCUAGUUACUGAUCAGUUUGAGAUGUUUGGGCCCACUUUGGAUGGGAUUUGUGUUUUGAAGAAGAAUCCAAAUGCCCAACAAUAA